AAUCUUUGAGUUCUUCCUCGGUGAACUUGGAAUGAUGUCCUCCCAUGAUUGUUUUGGAUGCUUGCUUCUUCUCSUGAAUGACGUCACAGCCUCGACUUGAUGAUAGAAAUUAUUUGUGUGAUGCACGGUUGCUAAGCAACAUUCCAAGAUGGCUGCCUCCAGUAAAGUCGAAAACCUUGAGGUGUGAAAAGUCAUCCGUACUCAUGACUUCUGUAUUUUUCUUUGCAAAAAAGCACUAGCCACGCUUCAUACGACUAUAGAUGCCUACUGUUAUAAGAGAAGGAGUAAAACCUCGCCACAAUGGCCAGGUUCAACAAGAGACAAAUGAAAGUCCUGAACCUGGCAAGACAACACAAGAUGAGGAUCAAAAUCACAAUCGAAAGACAGCGUCUAAUGACAGAUUACAACAACCUAAAGAUACUUUGAAUAAACAAGAAUUAGGAACUAAUUCUAAUUCGCUGGCUAGCGUAGAGUCUCCUGCGGGAAUCGGUCUUCAAAAUGAAGAUGUUUCUACCUCAAGGGAUCUGGUUCCUGUCAGUACUGACAUGACUGUAAGAACAACAGAUGAACUUUACGACGAACAGAAAGAUAUUGUUCCUGCCUUACCCGAAGGAUGGCCUUCCUUCAAAAACAAAGUGUGGCGUAGAAGAAGCUGUGAACUUGUAAAAAGCACRUCAUCWUGUGUUCGUAAAGCUGUAUCUCAUUUGCAUUAUCUACAAAACCUUUUUGAAACAUACUAYAAACCUACCUCACUAGAUAGURAGACUGAAGGCUUACAAAAAGAGAGCAAMUUAAAAUCCCAAAUAACUGGUGACAGAACAUUAUAUUCAAGAACUGACACUGAUAGUCAGUUAAAAGACUCACCAUUUCAACACAGAUCUUUAUCAAGUAAAAAUGUUGAUAAAAGAAAAUGGCUAAUGAGCUAUGGAUCAUUUGGUGAGUUAACACAAGAUGAKGAAGAUCUGGAUCACAGAUUGGAGUCCUCAGCUAGUGGUGCAAUAUUAGAGGUCAGAGGAACAGGUACAGGAACAUUAAGAUUAAAAACAGCGACRCCAAGGYUACAAACGGCACAGACAGAAGACCUUGAAGAAUCCGAACUACUUCCUGGACAUGAAAUUAUAGAUGAAGUAUUAACAUUGCUUGGGCGUUUAGAGACAGAUAGGGUCAAUACACAGCAAAUGUUGGUUAAAGAACGAGAAAGAGUACAGCARCUUGGUAAAUCAAUUGAUCAACAUGCCUGCAAGAGAAUGCAUGAACUUCCAAAUGCUGUCCAAAAAGAACAUGAAGCAUGUGCAAUUGACAUAAAUGAGCUACGAUGGCAUUGUGCAUAUACUGGACGAAUUGAAACAAGACUCAAUGAAAGAUUGAGACAAGCUGAGAGCAAGCAUGCAAAGUUAUUGCAGGAUUUAGAAAAUAUGCAGAAGCAUUGUCCUUUAGUAGAAGAGAAACUGGACUUAGAAGGGGAAGCCAUGUCUAGUAUCCAAAACAAACAAAAUGAGACAGAUGAUGAACUGCAAGCAACUCUGCAAAGACUCCAGGCAACAGAAAUGAAGACAGCAGCAGCACAGGGCAAGGCCUCUCAGGAAAGAGGACUUAUUAAACAGGAUGUUGACGUGGUCAGGAAUGAGCUCAAUGCUGUCAGUGAUGAACUGGCACAAUUAAAGAUGUAUUAUACUUCCAACACCCAUACCAUGCAYGACAUUCGAAACACGUUAAAAGAAAAUGCUGAGCUUCUUAUACAGCUAGAACGCAGAGAGGAAAGAAUCAAAGUUAUAGAAGCAACACAACAAGAUAAGGUCCAACGACUUAGAGAAAAAAUAGUUGAACAAGAAUCUGAACAUCACAAACUUGUUGAAGAAAAUAGUAAAUUGUGGACAGAAAAAGAGGUUAUGAAAGCAACUCUUCAAACAGACAUAAGUAAAUUGGAGUAUCGAUACAAAAAUGCAACAUCAAGAUACAAAGAGCUGACUAAGAGAAACAGGGAUACUCAAAAUGAAAUCACCAACAUCAAGAAACGGCUACAAGACUGUGCUAAACAGAAAGUAGCAGAUGARAAGAGUGUGAGYCGAUCUCAACUGGAAAUAGAAAAAGUUCGUGAGCAGCUCCUUGUGUCAAAAGAAGAAACCACRAAGGUACAAGCAUUACAUGGCAAUCUGACAGAUACUGCUGCAAGCUUCAGAGAAGAGACAUCGUCAAUAGAAGAAUCAUUGAAAGUAACAGCAGACGCCUUGAAAAAGCAGCUUAAAGACGAAGCRCAUGCGCGCACUGUGCUACAGGCCAGAAUUGCAGCWGACGGAGCCGACUUACAGAAAACUUCAGUAGAUUCAAAGAAGAAGCGAGAAAAGGCUACAGGAAGAGCUGAUGAGAUCGAMAAACUAGUUACCCACGUGAAAGAACAAGUAGCAAAGCUUGAAAAGAUACACAGCGAAAGACAGCAUACUAUUUCAGAGCUAAACAAGAUCUUGGAGAAGGUGGCAGUACAACACAAUGACAUGCAAACUAAACUCAACAAUGAAAUAAGUCAACUCAAACCAAAAGAGGAAGAAUUAAAGAAAGAAAACAUGGAUCUUACCAAGAAGAUCGACCACAUGGUAUGGAAAAGUGAAAUGAUGGAGAARAAGAUGCAAGACAUGGCUUCAUCAAGUAGUAUGAUGAACAAGGCUAUUGCAACAACAACAGAAGCCAUUAAUGAUCUCACGGAGGAGAUGACUGAGCUGAAUAUCCAGCUUCAGACUGGAAAGGAAACUGAACAAGAUCUUAGAAAAUCGCUUUCACAAGCRGAAGAAAGAGUAGCAAGAGGACAAGAAGACCACGACCAGCACAUGAAACAAAGAAACUCAGUACUCGAAACAAAUCAGAAAGGAGUCCAGUCAGCACUAGAAGAAAACAAGCAACUGGCUGAAGAAUAUGAACGUCUACAAAAACAGUACCUCAACAACAAAGCUGCUAUGUUGAGAGAUUUCGAAAUUAGAGUUUACAGCGAGAAUAGCGUCAAAGAUCAUAGAGAGCUAUUUGUACUUCAAGAGCGCAUGCACAAAGCCCUCCAAUACUACUACAAACUGCGAGGCUUACAAAACAAAGCUGAUGUUGCAAGUUUUGAACUYAGAUCUGCCGAGAACGGCGAAAAGCUGGUACGUCUCCAAUCAGAAAUGAUGAAAGUCAUUGAAAACAUCAAUCGAUUUUUGGAAGCCAACAAUGCAGCUCAUGACGUCAUAUCAAUGGAAGCUGCUAAAAUYGCUAAGACUCCACCCGGACAGACAUUGGUCUUGUAAUAAGACUACUCCUCUGAGCACCAACUAUCAAAUGAGAGAUUGUCAGUCCAAUGGGAAAGAGAUGUUAUUGAGUAUAUUUGUAGAUAUUGUAUAGAGAAAUAUAAAUAGAGAAUGUACAAUUAAAUUUGCUUUCUGACAAUCGAAAUAAACUGACAUAUUUUGACUAUA